AGAGCGACAGCUCAAGCGGAGAGCCGAAGAGUGAGCUGCAAAGAGAACACCCAGGUGGGCAGCACCCGAGCGGGCAGCUCCCAGGCGGGCAGUUCCCGGAGCUGGACUCAUUCCCAGGAGAACACUGAUAACUCCUUGGGAAGGCAGCCAGAAGAGUCUGAAGAAGCAGCAGCCAAAGAGAGAACACCGCACUCCACUUCUCCCGAAGAAACCUCGUAUCAGAACAGCCCGGAUCGGAAUCGGAAAGGCGCCUCCGAAUCCAUCUCCUGUGACCUGCUGGACGGGAACCGGGAGCAUCCAGACUGCUCUGACGACACAAAUUCGGUGAGAAGGUCAAAAUUAAGAAACAUGGGGAACACACUCACACAGGAACAAAUAGAAACAUUGUCAGCCUUACAAGGCGUGACAGAAGCGUACGCAGAGGGGGUUUCUAAAAAGGAGCUCAAAGAGUUAUUAUUGUGGGUCAGAUAUAAUUAUCCGUUUGCAGAAACACAUGUGUUGUUUGAGGUGGGCUUUUGGCAAGAAGUUAACAGACAUUUAUAUUUUUUAGCUGCUAGAAAGGAAGAGACGGCUUUCAAGCUGUUAUCUCCAGCAAGAAUUAUGUUAGAGGCUAUCUCUGCAAGGUGUCGGAGAUCAGCCAGGGAAUUAGGUUCCACAACUCCCACAAGGGCGGGGAAAACAGAGCAUGGCUCGGUGCAGAGAUUGGCUCUGGUUCCAAUUGGCCCGGGGGGGACAGCUCCCGAGGGAGAGGAGCAAGGGGAAAAGGCACUGCUUUCAGCCCUGUCAUCCCAAAGUCCCAGGAGACCUCCAAAACGCCCUGAGACCCCAGAAACUGAGGGAGGUUCAGGCUCCGAUUCAGACGCGAAUACAAUCCCAACCCCAGAACAGCUAAGAUCUUCACCCAGCGAGAUCGAGGGGUCGGGGACGAUUGUUCCUGAAUUUCGGAUCUCGGGGAACGAAGGGGCGGGGGAGGCGGAAGAAUCAGGAAGGGGGGUCCGCGGGGGAUUGAAGGGGGAUGGGGAAACGCUUUCUCGCGGCGGCGUGGCGGCGACGGCGGCGGUCGCGACCGGCGGGGGGGGCGCGGAAGCGGUGGGGAACACGAGUUUUGGCACGGGUUUUGGGGGACCCACACCGGGGGUGGCGGCCUUGGCGGGCGCCGUGCCAAAGACGCACGCGGGGGGCGAGACACGCGGGACAUCCGGGAAGGGCUCCCAAAUCACAGCGUCCACGUCAGACGCGGGGAACAAGCUCGGAGCAGCCGCGGAACUCCGAGCAGCACCCGUAAGUAGACGUAGGGGACGCACGGCGGUGACGCAGGACCCGGAAGUCGAACCGCGGCGGUCAGCUCGCAUCGCGGAGCAAACACGGGCACGGGCGAAGCAGGGAUCGUACACACGGAGCAAGGUCCGAAGUGGGUGUCGGCACGACACGUGAAGCCAUUUCGAACGCAAGAACAAAAGAACACAGAUCCCGGAAACAGAGAGACAAGUACUCAGACAGAGGAGGAGACUCAAACUACAAGCAAUAAUCUAGAAAAAACAGAAGAAUAAAAGACUUUGGGGGUUUUCUGAAAAACUUUAGGUGGAAAAUGGUGAUAUUUAGUCAGAAAGGUGGGGUGAUAAACUUUGCAAUGUU